CAAUAUUUCGCAGACAAAAUAAAUGUCGGCUCGUUUCUACGGGAUAUUCUGCUGUAUUUGCACACAGUAUUUUCUAGACAAAAAACCUUUUUUUGAAGUGGUGGUGCUUUAUCUAUUGCUUCAUAAUGCAGAAUCAAGACAAAGUUCUGGAUAAUUCUUUGGAUUACAUCUUAAGCAGAGUCAAUGAUUUGAAGAAAGCCUUAACAGAUCUACUCAUGAAACUAGAACAUCAUCAUGAAACUCUUAAUUGGCCAUCAGUUCUCAAUAGUUUUGCUCUGUUAUCAGGCCAGAUCAACACACUGAACAGGCACCUCAAGAGUGACAAGACUCCUGUGUUGAAAAACCUGAUUAUCCUACCACUCAAGCUCUCGCAAGACAGAGAUGAAGAACUAGAGAAAGUGACCGAGGGACGUGUGGCAUCCUUCAACCAUGACGUGGUCCCUAACUACCUCCGUACCAAGCCAGAACCAGAGAGUGAGGAGAGGGAGCAAGUAUUGGCCAAGGACGCAGCACAAUUAUCACCUGAAGUUGCCAAGAAGCAAAUUGAUAACCUAAACAGACUAAGUACCCAUCUGCUGAGUAUGCUAGCUAGUCAGAGAGAGACAUGGGAUCCUGAUUCAUCCAAACUCAACAUCACAACCUCAUCCCCAAGCGACACCAAUAUGCUUGUAGGAGCUGUCAACAUGGGGCGGGGCUUCAAGAGAGGGAUGGUGCAACAACCCAUGUCUAAUAUGGGAGCUCAAAUGGCACGCCAAGGGGACCAGCAUGCUCCUGUUGGCAAGAUACCCAGUGGCAUCAGAACUAACAUCAAGUCAGGAGGUGGCCACUUCAACAGAUAGCUGUACCAUGCAGACAGUAAUAAUAGUCACAUUCGUAAAGCGUUGAAUACUACGUUUCUAAGAGCUUUACUCCUGGCAGUGAAAGUGUUAUCAUUUAAAGAGAAGGUUGAGUUCUGGGAAGAGGUGAAAAAUAAUUUGUGAGCGUUAUCAUUGUUAUAAUGCAAGUGAUUUUUAUGCUACAUGUUCGUGU